AUGUCGAUUGAUGAUGACCUACCUUUGGCUACUAAAACUAUCUAUCUAUCUAUCUAUCUAUCUAUCUAUCUAUCUAUCGUAUCUAUCUAUCUAUCUAUCUAUCUAUCUAUCUAUGUUUUUUUAUCUGAGUCUCUUUCUUUCUUUCUUUAUUUCUAUUUAUCUAUCUAUUUAUCUAUCUAUCUAUCUCUUUUUAUUAUCUAUCUAUCUAUCUCAGUUUAUUUCAUUAUCUAUCUAUCUAUCUAUCUAUCUAUCUAUCUUCUAUCUAUCGUUUCUAUUCUUUGUUCAUUAUCUUUCUUUUCUCAGUUUAUUUCAUUAUCAUCUAUCUAUCUAUCUAUCUAUCUAUCUAUCUAUCUAUCUAUCGUAGUCUAUUCACAACCCAGCUUGUUCAUUAUCUACCUCAGUCUAUUUUAUUAUCUAUCUAUCUAUCUAUCCUCCAUCCAUCCAUCUAUCUCUAUCGUAGUCUAUCAUUAUCUAUCUAUCUAUUUAUUAUCUAUCUAUCUAUCUAUCUAUCUAUCUAUCUAUCUAUCUCUCUUUUCAACAUCCCCUCUCUCCUUUCUCUCUAUCUCUAUCUCUCUCUCUCUCUCUCUAUCUAUCUAUACUCUCUCUCUAUCUAUCUAUCCAUAUCUAUCUAUCUAUCUAUAUCUAUCAAUUCACCCCAAUCAUCUAUCUAUAAUCCAUCUUCCAUCCAUCUAUCUAGACAAUCUUUUCCAUCUAUCCAUCUAUCUAUCGAUCCAUCUAUCCAUCUAUCUCCAUCUUUUCCUUUGGCUACUAAAACUAUCUAUCUAUCUAUCUAUCUAUCUAUCUAUCUAUCUAUCUAUCUUCCUAUCUAUCUAUCUCUAUUCUAUCUAUCUAUCCAUCUCUCAGUCAAUCUACGUAUCUCAUUAUCUACCUAUCUAUCCAUCUAUCUAUCUAUCUAUCUAUCUAUCUAUCCAUCUAUUUUUUCUAUCUAUCUCUCUUCCCCAUCUUUCUUCUAUUUCUAUCUAUUUCUAUCUAUCUAUUUAUCUCAUCUUUUCAUCUAAUCUACGUAUCUCUAUUCACAUCUAUCAUCUGCUAUCUAUCAUCUAUCUUCUAUCCUCUAUCUAUACUAUUUUUAUCUAUUCUAUCUAUCUAUCUAUCUAUCUAUCUAUCUAUACAAGUUUUUAUCUAUCAUCUUCUAUCUAUCUAUCUAUCUAUCUAUCUUUUAUCUAUCUCUAUCUAUCUAUCUAUCCAUCUAUCUAUCUAUCUAUCUAUCUUUUAUCUAUCUAUCUAUCUAUCUAUCUAUCUAUCUAUUCUAUCUAUAUACAAGUCUUUUAUCUAUCUAUCAUCUAUCUUGUCUAUCUAUCUAUCUAUCUAUCUAUCUAUCUAUCUCAGUCUUUUCAAUAUCAAUCUACGUAUCUCAGUAUUUCAUUAUCUAUCUAUCUAUCUAUCUAUCUAUUAUCUAUCUAUCUAUCUAUCUAUCUAUCUAUCUAUCUAUCUGCAUCAAUCGUCUAUCUAUCUGCAUCAACGUUGCUACAGGGGUGCUGGGCUAUCCUGGAAUUUGACAACUAA